AUGAAAGGGCAUUGGGUAAGAAACAAGAAGCUGAAGCUGCUAAAAAGAAGAGGCGUUGAGACCCGCAAGCUUAUCUUCAAGAGAGCUGAGCAAUAUGCCAAAGAAUACGCCACAAAGGUUAAUGAAAUGGAGCUGAUAUACAAGAGGGGUUAUGGAAAGCUGAACCAUCAGAGGAUAGCACUUACAGACAACUCGAUAGUGGCUGAAUCAGGUCUAGGCAAGCACGAUAUCAUCUGUGUGGAGGAUCUGAUCCACGAGAUCAUGACCGUUGGACCCUCAGAAGCCAACAACUUCCUCCGGCCAUUCCAGUUGAAGACACCACUCGGUGGACUUAAGAAGACGAGUCAGUUCCGUCAGAACUGA